UGGACUAGACCAGACAUGGACUGGUUUCGGUCGCAUAUCUCAUCCUUCGGACGAUUUUUUGCCCUCUUCUGCUCUCCCUCGUUCUCCUCCUCCCUCAUUCUUUCCUUCUAUCUCUCCUCUCACUGCCUCCUCGUUCAUUCGCUGCCUCCAUCAGCAUCGGCAUCAGCAUCAAGACAUCAGCAGCACCCUAACCUGCCCCUCAUGAGCUCGAAUCUCUGCCAGCAGAGCCAGGCCCAUCGACUCUAUAGCCUCUACCUUCACUACGACGCCUCACACACCGCAAAGCACGAAGACCCAGAGUGCAAAGCAGUUCUUCAGCAUUGCUUUGCCUUACUGGAGAAAGAUUAUGUGGUCGGGGCUGUACCGAACCACAAUGGGCAGCUCUGCUCGUCCUAUCCAUCUGAACUUGCCAUCCUUGAAAAACCAAGAGAUCUUUCACAUCAAUCUUCGGCAGCAGUAACAGGCACGCGCGGAGGAAUACAAAACCAGGAGGAACGCGAAUAUUUGUCUCGAGAGACCUUGUCCCGCACUGCAAAAGAACAUCAAGAUCAAGCGUCUGCGUCGGUAUCAAAGCCUUCCCCCGCCCCUUUUCAAAACCAGCUCCUCCCGGCCCUGCAUUCGACUUCAUCGUCGCCAUCGGCACCGUCAUCGCAGAGUAUAUUUCUACGGGGUCCUUCAAACGCACCAUCUUCCUCGGCCUCUCUCCUGUUUUCGCAAGCACAAAUAGGAAGCAACUACACCAAUGUAAUCAAUGGCAGCAUAGUUGGUCAGCAAAGCAGCAGUGAUGGUGGGAACGACAACGGUUUGCCACACGAGAUGACAAAUCAACAGUAUAUGGAUCACUCUUUGAUCGACGAGGCUGCUGACCAAAGUUUCGAUUUGGGAGAGAGCGGGAUGAUGUCUUUUCAGGAUAUCAAAACAGAGCUCGAUAUGAUACAUCCCCCACAACCCCUGCGGCAACAGCAGCACCAGCACCAGCAGCAAGAAGAUCAGGGGUUGAGCAAUGUCUCUGACCAAGAUCGAUCCAGAAGACACAUCUUGCCCUUCCCUUUCCGGAUACCCAGACCUGAGAAGAAAAUGAACGUUGCAAUAAAAGAAUACGAGGCUCCCCCCUCAAUACCCCACACCAAGAGGACACAGGAAUCUGUUCAGUCUGCUGUAGACAAGGACAAAGUCAACGACACUCUGGAGCUGUCAAAGCAGUUUGAAAAGUCGCACUUUGCACGCGUCCGAGCCCGGUUUGUGGUACCAUGCAUCCUAGUCCGGGGGAAGAAUAUAUGCCGAUCAGCUACGCUCUCGAACGAGGUCGAAGUCUUUAUGCACAGUGUCAACCAAAAGAUCAAUGAUUUGAAUCAAAAGCGCAAGAUGUUUCUCUACGGCACAGGCGAACGAAGUCCAGAUAAGGAGGAUCGCGAAUCUUCGCUAGAAAAGCAGCGAAUGGAGGACAUCGAACUACUGCACCAGCUCGGAGUCACAUAUAUCAACGAUCUCAUGGUUGAGAACCGUAAAGUCAAAUAUGGCCUCAAAGUAACAUCAUCUGAAAAGGUUGACUCGUUCGGCCGCUACUCCAAGUUCAAGUUAGUGGCAACGCCGUAUCCUGGGGUCGAGUUCUUCCAAAAGUUCAAGGCCAAUAAGUACUCGGCUCGCAAGCUCUGCUUUGACUGGUCACAAACCUUUGCAGAUGCAGAGCUGCAGCUUCCAACGGGACACAUCGAUCAUCUCAGCAUUCGAUGGAGAGACUAUAAGAGCUGGGAUCUGAUCGAGUUGACGCAGAAUUACCUUCGGUUAUACCUGACACAUAUCGCCGACGACACUCCGGAUCAGGAUAUGUUGGGCACAAUAGGAAGUGCGUCAAACACACCGGCACUGUCGCCGAAGGGCCUCCUGAUUCAUUGCAUAUCAGGGUGGGAUCGUACGCCGCUCUUCAUUUCCUUACUCAGGAUAUCGCUCUGGGCAGACGGAGAAGCACAUCAGUCUUUAACAGCAGCAGAGAUGCUGUAUCUGACUAUGGGCUACGACUGGUUCUUAUUCAAUCAUCUCUUAGCUGACCGCAGUCAGCGUGGCGAGGAUAUAUUCUACUUUUGCUUCUAUUUCUUAAAAUUUAUUUACGACGAAGAGUUCUCUUUAAAUUCCAUAUCCAACCUAUCCAAGAAGGCCAAGAGUCCGAGUCAGCCAACAUCUCAGCAAGUUCUAUCUCGAUCACCCAUGCUAAAGAACAUUGGACGCCUCAAAGGCUUAGGCGACUUUAGUACAUCCGCAGGAUCAGACGCUGACGACGCGCAUGGAUUCGUCUGCGAGGACUGCAAGUUGUUGAGAAAAUCCAAUGAACCGCUCGGUCGUGACAUGACCUCCGCUAAGAAUAACAGCCAGGAAGCAGCAACUUCAACUGACGGCAAAGCUUCAAGUUGGCAACUGGUCACGUUCUCGACUCCACCUGGUCGCGACAAACAUGGAUCUCCUCGGGCACCUUUUGCACCAACGCUACAAAGCAUGACAAGGGCGUCAGGCUCACCCCUGGGAGCCAAGCGUAACUCGUACUCGACUGGAUUCUCCGAGAAUGACAGGGGCGCGACGGAGCAGGGAGUUCUUGAUUCUGACCCUCGGGAGGCAACGAGCCCUUUAGGGUUAGCGGAUGGGCGCUGCCGACUCGGCGUUCAACAGUUCAUUGCGAGGCGGUCGUCCUCCAGUAGCAUUCCGGAUCUCUUUGCAGACGAGUCCAAGCACCUGACACAAGGAAUCGUUGCACCCGAGUUUACAAGGGUUGCCACUUUUCCUAAUUUGGCGGGGAGUCAAGGCACUGAGGAAAUUGAAGAAGCCGACGAUGAUGGCAAAGGAGAGCUUGCGAGGGAGAGACAGGCUACACCUCGCAAGAGAGCAUCAACCUUUGAUGGCGGACUCCUACUCACUGGCGAACCGGAUUCACAUGUGGAUGCAGGUGACAGGGACCCAAAGGAACAGGAGGAAGAGGAGGACCUGACAAGUGAUGAUGAUGACAAUGGAGAGGAUGAAUUAGGCAGGGAUGUUAGCGAUGGUGCAGUGUCACGGCGUGAAGAAGCGGGGCCGCAGAUAUGCCAGGUUUGUCAUCAUUCGUUUUUUGCAGGGUCCAACCAGCUGAUCGACCAAACAAAUCCAACAGGAAACUCGUCCACAGCUUUAAGACGCCCUAUACCCGUUAAUGCCGACGCCUUGAGUCAUUCUCAGCAGCGUCCUUUGGGCUUCAGCGCAGAACAGGUUUCUGGGCGCAUGCGGGUCGUAGAUCGUCUAUUUUCUCAGGAUGAUGUUGAGCGGAUCUGCCAUCAUGGUCAACAAGUCAACGAGUCCGACCGGGAUGAAGGCAUGUUCCAGCUCGAGAUUGAGGAUCGUCCGACAUACCAGCCAAUACUUUUUUCAUGUGACGAGCGAUCAGAGCUGAAUUGUUUGAACCCUCCAUGUCAUUCGAGUUCUGGAUACCAAGAAGGAUCGCUGGGCAGUAGUUCUUGCAUCGACAGAGACCGUAGUGUCCGGGACAUGUCAUCAGCCGCCGACGAGAUAGGGAGCAUCGAGGGCGAUGAGAACGAGAGCUUUUGGGAUGAGACCUCAACCAUAGAUUAUGGAUACAGCCCCGGCAGUGUGUUGAAUGGGUUCGGGCUGGGCUUGACAAAAUGUCCGCCAGACCGUGAUGACAACCUUGGAUUGGAUGCUGGCCGGGACAUUGCAAGGCGAGGGGAGGACUGCACUCCUGAUGAGGACGAUGACGAGGAUGAUGAUGACGAAGACUGCGCUGCCAGCUUGAACUCACGUCAGGGGGGCCUCCAGAUUGACCGCCACGAAAACGACCAUUUAUUUAUGCCGUCCUUGAAAGGAGUCUUCUCUGCUGCUGACAAAUCAUCGCAGGGACGUGGCAGGAGACGGAACGAACCACACCACAACUCGUAUGCGUCCGAGAAUAUGCCGGAUCAUUUUGUAGCAGAUCCUGCUCACCCUUCGGAUAAAUCAGCCGAGAGAGAGGGAGCGAACAUCAAUUUUGACCAGAGCCAGACAGCGAACUCAGAGGCGCCUCGAGCACUUACUCGUCGACAGAAACUGCGACAACUUCGGAGGCUUUUCAUGGACAUGCGCGACGAGAUUGGAGAUGGAAAUCGAUCUCCAAGCCGACCAGUUAUGGACGUAAAGAACACAAUGGUUUCGAUGAACUCUGCGACGGAGGAUGAUGAUGACAGCGGCAGCUCUUUUAGAGCAGAGUCGUUCUCGGACGACACGUCUUUCCAAUAUCGGUCAUCCAUUGCUACCUCAGCUACGUUUGUGAGCCGACAUGGUCUUGGCUCUGCCACGUCGUCCUCGACGCCCAUCAACAGGAACCAUGAGUUCGGUAUGAGCCAACCGUUCUUUUCGCGCGGAAGCUCGAGUCGUCAAUCGGGAGAGUCCUUUAUCGUCUCUCCCGUGGCAAGACUGCAGCAACAUCAGCAGCAACAUCAACAGCAACGCCAAAGCCAAGGUCCGGGAUUGACAGCCCCAUCGGGCAACGGCCGAAAGAGUCCAUUCGAAUGGGCAGCAGCAGCGGCGUCCUCAGCAGCAGCCUCAAUCAGCUCGGCGUCCGGGAUCGUUUCUGGAGGAUUUGGUCACUCGAGUGUAUCGUCCGCGGGGACCACGCUGAGUCCCACGAUAAAGCCUUCUAUGUAUCAUACCCAGCAGCAGCAACAGCGGCAACAGCGGCAGCACUCGAUCGGAAGUGGACAUGGCAGCGCUGGUAGUAUGCAAAGUCCAGUCUCGAGCACGACCAUGCCGACGGAAGAUUUCUUGGAGCUGAGCAGCAGCACGACUAUGCUUAAUAUCCAUGGCGAGAGAUCGAGUGAUAGGGUCAUUGCGAAUGCGCGGAGGCGAUCCUUGGCCACAUCUCCUAUGGUGAUUUCCCCAACAUCGUCAGCAUCGAACCCGCGGAUGCGCGGGGUGGCAGCCGAUCCAGGGCAUAUCAAAGAGAAGGGCGGCGAGAAUUCAGGACGCUGGGAUUGGGUCCAGGGUAUUUUUGUAUGAGAAUUCAUUCCUAGUUUUAGAUAAAAAUAAUAGUAAUAAUAUAUAUAUAUAUUUUUU